UGCGCGCGCGCGGGGACGGGCGGUGAGGAGCGACAGACCGGACGGACACACACACACACACACACAGCGCGGAGAUGUGAGAGCCGCGGGUUUAUACUGAAGCUUUUAAUGGUACACUGAAGAGGACAUGAGGAAGGGCGUUGCACACCAUACCAGAUGCUAUCUGCAUUUGCAGCUGAAAGAUGCACAGAACCAGGGUGUAUGAGACUUGCAUUAACCCAGAGAUUUAGGAGAUUGCUAGUCUGAAUUUCCAGCCUAAAAUGCCCAAUGCGUGAUUGAGGGGAAUAAAUGGCUUCUAGAGUGACGGAUGCUAUAGUUUGGUAUCAAAAGAAGAUUGGAGCUUAUGAUCAACAAAUAUGGGAAAAAUCUGUAGAACAAAGAGAGAUCAAGUUUAUUAAAUUGGGGCUGAGGAACAAACCAAAGAAAACUGGCCAUGUAAAGGCAGACCUCAUAGAUGUUGACCUUGUAAGAGGGUCUGCUUUUGCAAAAGCAAAACCUGAAAGUCCAUGGACCUCAUUAACCAGAAAAGGAAUUGUGAGAGUUGUGUGUUUCCCAUUCUUCUUCAAAUGGUGGAUGCAAGUGACCUCAAGGUGCAUCUUUUCGUGGCUACUCAUUUUAUACCUCCUUCAAGUUACAGCAAUAGUGUUGUUUUGCACAGUUGAAGUUGAACAUAAUGUGCCCUCCACUGAAGUAUUUGGACCUAUCUGGCUGAUGUUGCUGCUUGGGACAGUUCAUUGCCAGAUUGUAUCAACUCGCACUCCCAAGCCCAUGACAAACGGGGGCAAACGAAGAAGGAAAUUACGGAAAGCAGCACAUCUGGAAGUGCAUAGAGAAGCCGAUGGCUCCAGUACCACAGAUAAUACACAGGAAGGAGUACAACCUUAUUCAAGCACAAGCACCUGUUACAGUGUUGGCACAUUCUUCAGAGAUAUCUGGCGUGCUUUCUAUUUUCCAGGCUCAAGGAAAACCAAAAGAUCAAUUGACAAAUCAACUGAGACAGAUAAUGGUUAUGUUUCCCUGGAUGGAAGAGUCACUUGCAAAAUCAAUGAAGAUCGGAAACUGCUCUAUGAUGCUAACUGUGAAAUAUUAGGGCCCGACGAGGUGAACUGGAUCCCAGGAAUGGGAAAGACAGGACCUACUCCUGUGAAACUUAAACAGGAAGGCCUUCGACCUGACAACAAUGUAUCUGACGAGGUUUCCAGUGAUGAGGAUGGUGAGGGUGAGUCGCAAGCUUUCAGGCAGCGUCGCAAUGGAGAACGAACUUCAAAUGACUCCGGGCUGCGAAAUAGAAAACCACAGCAGUACAAGAGGCACUACAGUGUUGAGGAGGCAGCUAAAUCUGCGACUAGUUGUAGCUCUCGAAGCUCUCGACAGGAUUCUGAGAGCACACGUCAUGAAUCGGAAACAGAGGACGUGUUAUGGGAGGACCUCCUACUCUGUGCUGAAUGUCGUUCUUCCUGCACCAGUGAGUCUGAGGGAGAGAAUAUCCACGUGAACUCCAUCGGAAAAAAAGAAUACAGAGAUGAUCCUUUUCAUCCGACCCAUUUCCCGUGGCUUCACAGUUCCAGUACAAGUCUGGAAAGAGUAAGCGCAAUUGUCUGGGAAUGCAAUGAGUGUAAGAAAGCUGAUAUGUCUGUGCUGGAAAUCAGUGGCAUGAUCAUGAACAGAGUCAACAACUACAAACAAGGGAUUGGCUACCAGUUGUUUGGGAACUUGGUGUCUGUGAUUCUAGGCAUGACACCCAUUUUGUUUAGACUCUUUCAACAAAUGGAUAUCGAGCAACUUGCUUCACAGUCAGCAGCAGAACUCUUCAUUGUUGCAAUUGGUUCAAAUAUUAAUACAGUGGUCAUUAUUAUGGUCUCAAUAGGCUUUGUAGUACGUGUGUCCCUCAUCUGGAUGUUCUUCUUUUUGCUGUGUGUAGCUGAGCGAACAUACAGACAGAGAUUGCUCUUUGCCAAACUUUUUGGCCAUUUAACUUCAGCAAGACGAGCUAGAAAAUCGGAGGUUCCUCACUUCCGUCUAAAGAAGGUGCAAAAUAUAAAAAUAUGGCUCUCCCUGCGUUCCUAUCUAAAGAGACGAGGUCCACAGCGUUCCGUGGAUGUGAUUGUUUCAUCUGCGUUCCUGCUCACAUUAUCUGUAGUAUUUAUCUGUUGUGCCCAGUUGCUUCAUAUCCAUGAGACCUUUCUCGAUUUCCACUAUAAUUGGGAACUAGUGAUAUGGUGUAUUUCAUUGACACUGUACCUGUUGAGAUUUGUAAUGCUGGGAUCUGAAACAAAUAACAAGUACAGCAAUACCUCGAUUUUACUGACUGAGCAGAUUAAUUUAUACUUAAAGAUGGAAAAGAAACCUAAUAAGAAAGAAGAGCUGAACUUAGUGAACAAUGUUUUGAAGCUUGCAACAAAGUUGCUGAAGGAGUUGGAUGCCCCUUUUAGAUUAUAUGGACUGACCAUGAAUCCAUUGCUGUACAACAUCACCCAGGUUGUGAUCCUUUCUGCGGUGUCUGGAGUUAUCAGUGACCUGCUAGGCUUCAAUUUAAAGCUCUGGAAAAUAAAAUCCUGAUGAGCAGCAAACAAUCAAAAUGGAUCAGCUGGAUUUGAGAUCCAAUCUACAGGGGAGCAGCUGCUGACAGCAGACAUCCGACACUGCAGUUGGCUAAUUUAUGACGUAUUGAAAUGCUUACAUCUUCAAAGUGUGCAAUUUAUAUUAUUUUAUCUAUUUCAUGUUUCACAUUUUUCUCAUUUUAGUUAUCAAACUAUUUUGAUUUACAAGUAUUACUUUGGUCAAAUUUCAGUAAGGAAGGAUAUAUAAAAGCAGGUGAAGAAACCCCUUUCGUUUGUAUAUUCUAUUUAGAGCAAUAAAGCUUUAUGCCUGCCAUUGUGAAAGGUGUUUUGAUAGAUGCAACUUUAAAACUAGCGAGAAGUGUAUUUAUUCAAAUGGACUGUCAGCACAGUUAUUGCUGUGCAUACACACAGGGUGCACUUUCUAAUGUGACUUUUUUUAGUACGAGGCAAAAUGUAGCGAGAUCACUAGUGACCUGUUUUUAUUUGUGUUUUUUUAAAUGUAGAUUAUAGAGCGGUAUGUUUAAUAAUGACCGAAGUGCAUUUUGAUGGAUAAAAGAAUGUAUUAUUACAGCUUUAACGAUUUGUUUGAGAUUGUCACCUAAAACUGAAGUGACAAUGGUACAUUUCUUUUCAUUGUAUGCCUUGGGAUAUAUUUUCACCUACAACCUGUUUCCAGUAUAUUAUUAAACUGUUCACGUUUUACGCUGGAGAUAAAUUACAGUGGUAAUAUGUUGGAUCAUUUUGUGUAGCAACCAACAAUUCAGUACUGAUUAUGGGUACCUACAAUUGUUUAAAAUAAACUGACAUCAGGGUUUCUUACCAACACCAGUAUAAAUGGUAUUUGCUUUUAAAGAAAUAAACAUACUGUGGCUGA